GCCCCCGAGCCAGCGCUCUUCCAGCCUUCCGAGCAGUUCGGCGCCACCCAACCUCUUGGAUUCUUUGAUCCGCUGGGGUUUACCAAGGUGGGCGACGAGAAGGGCUUCAGGAAGCUGCGUGUCUCCGAGAUCAAGCAUGGUAGAGUAGCGAUGAUGGCUUCCAUUGGGCUGGUCGCACAGCAUUUCGUGAAGUUCCCCUUCUUCGAGAAUGCUCCCGCUGGCUUCUCCAUCAUGGACAAGGGCGAGGGCGUGCUAGGCUUCUUCGGCAUCUUCCUCGCUUGCGCCCCACUGGAGCUGUGGUGGAGGGAGAACCCUGAAAAAGAGCCGGGCAACUAUGGCGAUCCCUUCGGUGUGAACAUGUACAACGACGAGAUGAGGAUGAAGGAACUGAACAACGGGCGCAUGGCCAUGAUUUCGGUUCUUGGCAUCUUCGCCGCAGAGAUGGCCACCGGCAAGGAUGCCAUGCAGCAGUUCGGCCUCUAG